AAAAAACUGAGCAGAGGGCUGUGAUUGUGUGGUGCUCUUGAAAAGAAAAUGCAGGGUUUUCCGUGACAGAACAUUUUUUCGCGAACCUUGACGGAACGACGGUGCUCUGCUCAGGGAUUGGCACAUAGGUGACUGUCGGAACCGCUGUCAGCUGCUGCUUCCGUGAAACGUUGGUAUUAGUGUGGGUGGUGGUGAAGUAAAAGAUCACGUGAGAGAAAUAGAGAAAAAAGUAUAAAUAGCUCAAUUCAUCGCAUAUCAGCUGGUUGAAGGAUCGUCAACUAUAACCAAGUGGCUUCACUGCAGCAGUUUGUGUCGGUUAUAAAGUUUUCAAUAUUCUCACACCAAGAGGGGCAAGAGCUUAUAAGAGGCAUACGCAGCAGCUGUGGAUGGUGUAAGCAGUCGUCGGGACGGCGCAGCGAACUAUGAGAAGCGAUUGAACUAGUUGAUAGAUGUGGGGGUGACAUCGAGAUGGGCCAGGGGCUCGAACCGCUAACCGCAGAUCUUUGUCUGUCCUCCCGGUCGCAGCCCCCCCAGCUUCCGUCUCGUACUGAUUUCUUCGAGCAAUCGAAGAACGUGUUCAAAGUAGCAGCAAAAAGUAUUACCACAGCAGCACCACAGCAACAGAAGCAACUAUCAAUACUACCACUGCGGAGAAUAUCCGGCAGACGGACCCACACGACGACGAAGCUAGGCACAACAAAUCAGCCCAGACUAGAGCCUUGCCAGCUGACCACGGCUGGCAACUUUCGGCCUCAAGCACAAGAUACUCGUUUUACUCUUCUUUCAAUGCUACCAGAUUUUCCUACUAACACCCACAUGAUGGAGUUUGGUUAGGUCACCUCUAAUGCGAAUGCUGAAGACUACACAAAAUUUAGUGCCUCUUGCGGGAGCGCGCUAAUAACAUCUUAAGAUCAAAAACAGUAACAGUAUCUGCUGCAACUUACAAAUCAACCAACUGGCUGCAACAACAGCAGAAAACAUCAACAGCAACAAUUGCCACAGCAAUAUUACCCGGCAAUAGUAUCCAGCAAUUCGUCACUACCAGCCACAGAGUGUUGCCAUUGGUGGCCAUGGAGCCUCCUGGUGGGUUGCCACCAGACAAAGAUGGAAAUAAAAUCCUAAAGCAACAGCAUAGUUUACAACAUCAACACAAUCCUCAAUCACCUCCACCGACAACAGCAGCAGUAGCAUUUCAGCAAAAUGCACUGCAACUACAAACGCAACAACCACAGCUACAUCUUUCCCAACAACUACAGUUAACUACAUCUUUUUCUGCGACAAAUCAACAGCAAGUACAUCUCUCGCAGGCAAGCUCACUGUCAGCGUCAUCCACAAACAACCAGAUAGCCGGUGGGGGUGGUAGUGGAACUACAGCGGCCAACGUCCAGACAGGAAUCGAGCGGCUAUCCCGGCCUAUGGCAUUCGAUAAGAUGGAAGGCCUGGUACGCGAGAUGCAGGAUCCUGAAUCGGGUGUUCCAGUACGUAGUCAAAAACUUUUCCUCACUUCAAUUCCUUCUGCGUUCAUGGGCUAUGAUCUAAUCGAAUGGUUGAUGGAGCGGUUGGUCAUCGAAGAGUCGGAAGCGUUAAACAUCAGCAAUCAGCUGUGCAUGCACGGCUACUUUUUUCCCGUUUCCGACUCCAAGACGCUGGUCGUGAAGGAUGACUCGUCGUUGUAUCGCUUCCAGACACCAUACUACUGGCCGUGGCAGCAGAAGGCACCCGACAACAUCGAAUAUGCCAUCUAUCUUACAAAACGGUCUCUUCGGAACAAGCAACGCCACGGGCUGGAAGAUUACGAAGCUGAAACGAUGGCCAGCUUGCACAAAAAUCUUAAAGGAAAAUGGGACUUCAUCACCAUGCAAGCGGAAGAGCAAGUUCGGUUGGCAAAGGAGCGAAAGAAAGGUGAUAAGAUUGUUGGAGAUUCUCAGGAACGAGCCUAUUGGAGAGUUCAUCGCCCACCUCCGGGUCAAUUCACUCCGUUGGAAUCCUGUCCCAUUCCAUCUCGUGACCGGCAGGGCAAGCCCCGGAAACGGACCGUUGAUGAUUGGCUACGUGAAGUGGAAAUUUUAAAAGCUUCCCUGGGGCGUAACCGAGUGAAGAUGUCCCAAGCUUGUGAAAGUCUAGUGACGUACUUUGAAACAUUCAGCGAGUACGAUCCAAUGAUGCAUCCACCACUUCCAUCGAAUCCGUGGGUCACCGAAGAUGUGAGUUUCUGGCAAAUGAACAACCCCCUAGUUGAUGUGCCAACCGAAAAGCGAGUGAAGCGCUGGGGUAUUUCUAUCGAGGAGGUCGUGACUGAUCCGACGGGUUUGCAGGAGUUCACCGCAUAUUUGAAGAAGGAAUACUCCCAUGAAAAUAUCCGGUUUUGGAUGGCGGUGAAUGACUUGCGGAGGUCGUCCCAUUCGCAGAUAUCAAGGAUGGUUAAGGAUAUUUAUGAAGAAUUUCUCGAGCCAGGUGCGCCAUGUGAGAUCAACAUCGAUGGUAAAACAAUGGAAAAAGUUCAUCAAGGUUUGAAAAAUCCGACACGAUUUGCAUUUGAUUCGGCAGCCGAACAUAUUUAUAUGCUGUUGCUGAAGAAGGAUUGUUAUCCACGGUUCAUUCGAUCGGAGCACUACAAAAGUUUGUUGGCUAAUGCAAUUCAACCGUCUCAUAAGAAGCGAUUCUUUGGAUUUGGUGGUGGAGCGAAGAAAAAGGGAUCAACAGCAACCGCUCCUAAUCCAUCGCUUCUGUCACAGCCCGCCUCUCAAGCAACUGGUAUGGUAAAUAGCCUUUCCAAACGACGUGGAAGUGAUCGAAGCCUGUCUGGUUCAGCCCACGAGUUAGCCGUAUGCGGGGUGAAGGAUAGUACUAAAGUGCCACAUUCUCAUAGCCAAAGCAAUCUGAGCGACAUCCCGUAUAGUGUCUCGAUCUACAGAGGUGAUAUGCCAUCCAGUGGCUUUGUCGGACAUAUGGAAACAGUUAUACGAGGAAACGAACAGAGAAUUGGAAAGCAGGACGUACAUAGCAAGCAAUUAAGUACAACUUUGGAGGCAGCUGUGGAAACGUGCGGUGGAGCUUCCGCUGUUUGCCCCUGGGAUUCACCUCCAGCCUCGAAAGCUCUGGUUCCAGUUGAAACGAAAGCAACAACCUCCGAAAAGGAAGCACCGUCAUCUGUAUCCGUUUCGAUUUGUCCUUGGGAUGAUGGAGAUGCUAAACUACCCCCAGAAAGCAAAACUAAAGCUCUGACCCCCAUUCGUCCGACAACCGAUAUCAGUGAAGUUUCGGAGCGCAUGAAGCGCUCCUGCGGCCUACGGCAAAACACGCUGGACAGUGAUUUUCACAGUACUAAACGGCUGGUACCGGUGGUAACAGAACAGAGAAGAGCUUCCAUGACGAUAGCACCGAGGUUUUCUGAUCUCCAAUUUUCUAUCCGAGCUGGCUCAACUGACGUGGAAACGGCCGGAAGCAGUAAGUCUCUGCAGCAACAACGUUCCGUUGACCAUUCACGGAACAUAUCGCAGGGAUCGCUGUCGACUAGUUUUGAGGAUCGGGAGGAUUUGACGGAAACGCCAAAUGUAUCAGAGGAAAAUUUGUGCAAACCGAAAAUGGAUAGUGUGUCUGAGUGGGAUCCCGAAGUAGCGGGCAGUGUUAUAAGUGUUCAUAACAAAAAUACCGCUCAAGUGAACACGAACAAUGAACGUGGUAGUGGGUGUGUAUGUGUCACAAUACAAACAAACAUUACUGCAGUGGCAUGUAACGUUAAGCAAGAAGAAACAAAAUACAGUAUUGAAAGUAAUAAUGCAGAACGUAAAGUUAUGCCAACCGCCACCACAGCUGGAGCUCAAAGAAAGGAGAGUAUUGAUGGUGACAAGCUACCGCCUACGAUAAGUGUUUGUUUUGCGAAUAAUUCAUCGGAAGAAGAAGAUCGUCGGAAACGAUCGUUAGGACCGAGUGAGAGAUCGAUUGAUGAUGAGAAUCAGGAGGUGGAAGAGAUUUACUUCACCAGCGAAGAAAACGAAGAAGAAGGCAUGAGAGUUGGGUUAUAUCACAGAAUGCCAGAACCCCCUCAAGACAUGUCGCCACUAGCGGAGGAUGACAAUUUCUCGGAAUCUUUGUCGCAACCUAACCAAUCUUCUCUGGAGCAGGUCGAGUACGAUAUAAUGAUGGAGGGAGACAAUCUAGCUCCAGGUUGCGUGGCUCCCGCUCCUACCCCAGCACCUUUGAUAGCUCCACUAGCCGAGGUGGAGAUGGAUCCAGGUGAUGAUGAACCGGAUACGGAAACGGAACACACGGAAACGGUGACAGUACACGUGACCACCAGAGAGAAGCAGGAGCAAGAACCGGAGGCGUCUGCCGGAGCGACUGUAGUCAUCAUUGAGGAUCAGGUCAAGAGGAAAAAGCGUAGAGACCGAAGAGAUCGGGAUAAGGAUGCGUUGCAGCAGCAAAAAAGCGAAGAGGACAACAGCGAGAAGAAAGGGAAUGCCGUGUGUCCUUGGGACGAUGAGGAUGAGUCAGCUGCUGACGAUGCUCCUUACGUUAAAACGUACUCUACUCUAGGUUAUUUGUAAGCAGGUUAGACAAUUUCGAAGAAAAAGGUAAAUUGGAUAAAUUAUGUUGUUAAAACGUAUGAGAAAGUCACUUUGACAAGCACUGACAAUCGUAAGUCUUUUGAUAGUUGCAAGUACUUGUUAGCAUUGUGGGAAAUGAAAUGAAGUGAACCAGCGAUGAAAGAGGUUAAGCAGAGUCAAAUUUCCAUUAGGAUUACGAUUCAAGCCCUAGAACUAAUCCUGUUGUGAAAUUUCUCACGUAAAACAUGCAAUGACAGCUCUACGAUAGACAGUAUGCGAUGAACAUAAGCGGAAGUAACAUGAGAGAGUUAAUACUCCCAACUGAAAGAUUUCCCGGGUUUUAACAUAGUCCAGGAUUUCUGCUUGUUGCAUCUAAGAGCCCCAAUUUAUAUAUGAAAAAUAAUUACUAAAAUGCAUCAAUCUUCAACUGAAACACCGCUACUGUGACUUUAUUCUUUCAUGUUACUUCCUACAGAGUGGAUAUUUUUUGAAACUACGAUGGUAAAACUAAUUGUGUUGGUUUUCUUGCAGUAAGCGUGAAGCGAAACCAUAUCGAUAUCUCAAAAUGUGUUUGAACAACUGCAAUUAGCUGGUGAAAAUGAAAUACGAGUGCGCAUUCUUUGUUUAGCACGGAAUCAAAACAAUACAAUACAUUACAAAUUUAGGAUUAAUCAGCUAUCUAGCCGUAAAAUAGUGUCUAGUUAAUGGAAAAUCCUACGUGUUAGAAAUAAGAAUAUUUAAUGAACACAUUCUGAGAAAAAAAUAUGAAUGUUUUUUAAUAGUGCAUCGACAACUUGGAGGGAUGAAAAGAAGUUAAGAAAAUGAUUCAUCUCAGAAAAUAGAAAUGCUGAGCCUACAUUUGAACCAGUCAGGAAAUUUUAACAACUGUUCCUGUCAGUCACUUUGAUGAUAUAAAAAUAUAUUUAAAUCAUGUACCUCUUGCGCAUUGAAAGCAUUUUUGGAGGAAACACGUAAGCUUAAGCAUAUAAUAUUUGAUCAACUAUAUUGAAGUAUAUUAUUCAAGCAUAAAGUACUAACAUCAUAAUUAUACUACAUCUACAACGUAAGCAUAUUUAUACAUCACCGAAUCAUAGCACAUGGAAAUAACAUAUUGGAAACACUGACUCAUAAGCACCCUCAUCACAAACAUUGACAUCUUUCAGAACAGAGACAUUAUAUCAUUUUAAUCAAUUUUUAUUUUUGAUCAAGAAAACCAACCCUGUAGUCAUCUGCAAGCAAUGGAAUUUGGAAGUUGAAUGGAAAUUACAGAUAUUGGUUUGGCCAGAGCUGUCAUUGCUGUGGUUACGUUUUAUGGAUCCGGAAAUAUUUCAAUUUGUUUAUAAAUUCUACAAAAAAUCGCUAGUAACGAAAACCACCAAUUUAACUGAAGCAAAUGUGAUUGUAAAUGACAUUGAGUUGUUUAUAAAUAUAUAAAGUUAUAGCAUGCAGCGGUUAUCAGAAGAAAUUCUAUUUUUCCUAAAUUGGGUAAUCCUGAAAAUAUUAGCAAGCGCAAACAGCUAAUGAAAGAUUUGUGAUUGUCAUUGCCUGGUGGGUAGGUGAGAAGAUUGACUAAAAAUGUAAAGAAAAGCUCCGAGAUGUUUUUUCGUAAGAGAAGGCACGAUUUGCGUAUGUCUGAUUAAUAUGGCAACCUAUUUACCAAAUCAACCAAAAUUGUUACAAAGUGAGUGAUUUUAUUCAUGAAUGAAGAAAAAAUUCAACUGAAAGACGAAAAUAUUCAUGUAAAUGGUUGUUGUUUUAGCUAUGCAACUAUUGAAAACGCUAUUCUCUCUCUUCUUACAUGAAGUCAAACAAAUAUAUUCAACAAUUACCCAAAUUUAUCUCUACAAACAAAAGCAAAACAAACAAACAAACAAAAAAACCUUUUGGAUGUUGCAACUCAACCAUUCGUCAGAUCACAACUAACUAGAUCUUAUCAACUAAAAAGUAAAUGAAAUCAUUAUCAGAUGAAAAAUUAAUGCCACCGGAUAUAGAACUAAAUUUAACAUUUAUUUUGAGCUAUCUUACCCUCUUUGACCGACAAAUAAUAAUAAGAAAAACAAUCGCGUAGAAUGCCACAGCAUAUACCAAUCAAACAGCAUCUUUUAACGGGUAUAAACAAAUAAGUGGAUGAUUGAAGUUGUACGUAGAAGCAAACUUUCUCCUCCAAAGCUAUUCAACUAUUUUUCAAUGUCAGAAGAUGUUAGGAACAUUUUGCAAAUAAAAUAAUCAAAAGCGACGAUGUUUUAUUUUUCUUUAGAGUGCAUAUCAAGAAUUUGAAUCAAUCAUCUUCGUUUGAUACGUUUUAGAACACGUAUAUCACAUUUUCGAAUGCAUAACACAAUUAUAAAACCGUUGAGCGGUGAUAAAUUUGACUGAUUUGUGUUGACUAACUCUCAUGUAGCAUCACUUUCAAAUAAAACUUCAGUACAACAUCGUCGCUUUCCUAUUAGUGAGAAAACAAACAACCAAAAACCAGGAGAUUCUGUAAUGAUUAAUAAGUACUAGAAGAAUGUGACAGUAUAGUAAUUCAAGAAACCAAUGAUACAACGCGACAGUUUAUUAAAUUUUAUCGCUCGUAAAGUGAAACUAGUUUAGUGAGAGAAAAUAUAUUAAAUAAUAAAAAAAAAACAUCGGUGAAAUUUAAUAAUUUGACUUGAAUAUAUUAGUGAGUAAUAAAGAUUACACUUACAAGUAAUGUUACUAACAAAAGCAGAAAACAAAGCUAGUUGAAAGAAAAUAAACACAAAAUGCCAGUUAAUGUGCCGCUGUAUUAGUGACUAUGUUUAAAAGAUAAAUAUAAAGAUUUAAGUGAGCUGCGUAAUAAAAACGGAAGGAAUGUCAAUGAAUCGAUAUUUGCUGGACCCAUGAGUAAUUUCAGCAUAGAAUGCUAUGUACGUACAAUCCACAAAAGAUAAAAAUAAUGUAAGGGAGAUUGGACACACUGGAUUCCCUGUUUAAAUGUUGGAUACAUCUCAGCGGAAAAGAAUCAAAUUUGAUGCGGCUUACACAAAGGUUCAAAGAAAAAUAUCUUAAAUAUACUCUAAAGCCUCCAAAGUGAUGUAUAAUUUCUCAAAAAAACGUAUUUUCUGAGAGAGAUUUUACGCCCAUUUGAUGGCAUGCAUUUUUGAAACGUAGAGGACUCAGGAACCUUCCAUAUGAAAUGUUUUAUGUACUCUCGAGCUUCUGUCAUGCAAUAUACACUACAGUUUUAAAAAAAUAGGGAGACACUUUUUAUGACAUGCAUUUUAAUUUAAAGUUUUACACACAUUCCGGGAUGGAAAUGGGGGUUUAAGUACCCUCGAACAGAGAUUGAUUUUUUCCACAUAUAUCAGGAUUGAUUGUGUCUAAUCCAUGGGGAAUCAAAAGAAACAGAAGCAAUUCGAUGAUAUAAUUGAUUAUAAUUAGAAUUAGCGAUUUCAUGCGUUAAAAAAUUGCAUGUUGACUGAAAAAAGUCCGAAUGAGUGAAAACAUAAGAACAGCUCUCAAAAAUACAAACAAUUCACAAACUAACGCAAAUGCCACCAUAACAGCAUAACAUAACCAUCCGUCUAGACGAAACUUUUUGGCAACAUUUUUGGAUUUCGAGAAAACAGGGGGGAGGGGAUAAGUGCCCCAGUGAUAAAGUGUGUCCAGUCUCUCCUACCGUUAAACGAGAACCGAAUGCACCUGUGGAAAGGUAAUCAAGUAUGGAAAUUGGAAACAAACUGUCAUUUGUUGUUGUAAGUCGAAAAAGUACAAUAAUGGAUAGAAAAGAGGGUAGUACGAAGCGUAAAAAAUAAAGAAGGAACA